CGAUAAAGGUUGUUACACUCCAGGUACACAUCUGGGCUCAAGGGCCAGAGAUAACUGCCUGAUUGCACGGCAGACAACGCCGAGACGUCUGCUCGCUGAGAAUUCCUGCUCAAGGCCGCGCUUGGCAGUCCGUGAGAUCGGUGAAAAGCGGGGAGGUUGCUUUCCUAAAGUGGCCUAAAUGGGGUCACUGAGCGUACCACAACAAAAACAGUGAAGGGCACUAUCCUUGUGGGACGGUAUAACCAUGCAUUGCUUUAGUUGCGGAAGAACAUACGUUAUUAGCAGACGAUUUUUCAAGUGGAAACCGCCACGACGACGGUGCAGCAAUGAAACUUAUCCGAACUACUUGGUGCAAAACCUUUCUGAAGAGAGCCCCAAAGUAUCAUCACUGAUCAACGCAUAUAGGACAUGGGGUCACCAAGUAGCAACAAUCAACCCUCUUGUACGAACACUACCCAUGAAGCAUGUCAGAGCUCUAGACCCAGAAAGUCACGGCUUAAAGCCAACGCAGAAAUUUUCUGGAGUCUCCGUGGAGGAGCUCAUCAGCCAUCUCAAGGACGCGUACUGCGGUCCAGUGGGUUUGGAAUUCAUGUACAUGGCAGACGACGCAAAGAAAACGUGGUUUGCCAGGCGCUACGAAUCUCUUCUUGCAGAAGGAAGACCACCACCAGAAAUGCGCAGGAAAUUUGCGGAAGUUCUUCUCAAGUCACAGGCCUUCGACAAUUUUUUGGCUGCGAAAUUCUCAACGGUUAAACGGUACGGCGGGGAAGGAGCGGAGAGCAUGAUGGCGUUCUUCUACGAACUGUUCCGGUGCCUUCCACAGUCCAAUGUCACCGACGUCGUCAUCGGAAUGCCACACCGAGGGCGCCUCAACCUCCUCACGGGGCUGCUACAGUUCCCGGUUGUUGAAGUGCUCCAGAAGAUGAAAGGUAUGCCAGAAGUUCCAGCUGGCAUCAAGGGUUCUGGAGAUGUGCUGUCCCACCUUGCGACAGCAGUCGAUCUCACGGAGUACGGAAGGCAGAUACAUGUAACCUUGCUUCCAAAUCCGUCCCACCUCGAGGCAGUGAGCCCUGUAGCUGUUGGCAAAGCUCGUGCCCGACUUCAAAGCCUCGAUCCAUCGGGCUACCACGACAAGUGGGUCAGACGACGGGCCGACGGAUCGGGUGGCGGACCUGUGCUACCCAUUCAAGUCCACGGUGAUGCUUCAUUUGAGGCGCAAGGCGUGAUAAUGGAAACUUUAGCUCUAGCAAGGCUCAACAACUUCACCGUCGGCGGGUCACUCCACCUUGUGGUGAACAAUCAAAUUGGGUUCACUACUCCACCAGAUUUUGGCAGGUCAUCCACCUAUGUGAGUGAUAUCAUGAAGAUGAUUGAUGCUCCGGUGAUUCACGUCAAUGGUGAUAACCCCGAGGCAGUAGCUCAGUCAGCGCGACUGGCCCUGGAGUAUCGAGAGACCUUCGGAGAAGACAUUCUCAUCGACAUGGUGUGCUUUAGGCGCUGGGGGCAUAACGAGAUGGACGACCCGACAUUCACGAACCCUCUCAUGUACGACGUUAUCCACGCUCGAGACAGUGUGCCAAAUACCUAUGCCAAAGAACUUGUGGAAGAAGGAACGCUGGAGAAAAGUGAGUGGGACAAGACUGUGAGUGACUACAUGGAGUUUCUUAACAGUCAUAACAAGCAAGUGGAUAGCUACGUGACAAAGUUCAAGUUUCUCGAGGGACGCUGGAAAGGUCUGAGCCAAGCCCCGUCUGCUAUCACAAGUUGGGACACUGGUGUUCCCGUGGACCUGCUCAAGUACAUUGGAAUGAAGUCCGUUGAAGUACCUCCUGAAAUCACCAUUCACCCCCACUUGCAGAAGGUGCUGGUCCAAGACAGACAGAAAAAAAUCGAAGCAGGAACAAAUCUUGACUGGGCAACAGCCGAGGCACUUGCUAUUGGAUCGCUACUUUAUCAAGGCUAUAACGUACGCAUCUCUGGCCAGGACGUUGGGCGUGGCACCUUCAGCCAGAGGCAUGCCAUGCUUGUCGAUAGAGCAAACGAAGAGAGGUAUGUUCCUCUCAACAACAUGGUUCCACAGCAAGGGUUGUAUGAGGUUGUAAACAGUCCACUUUCAGAAGAGGCUGUAAUGUCAUUUGAUUACGGUAUGAGCCUGGAAACUCCAGAAACCAUGGUCAUCUGGGAGGCGCAAUUUGGAGACUUUCACAACAGUGCUCAAGUGGUCAUAGACACUUUUGUUACUUCUGGUGAAACUAAGUGGUUCCUGCAGUCUGGAAUGGUGAUCCUGCUACCACAUGGAUUUGAUGGAGCUGGUCCAGAGCAUUCAUCUUGUCGUAUCGAACGCUUCCUUCAGAUGACUGACAGCAAAGAAGAUGGCGUUGAUGGCGAUGACGUCAACUUUCACUUCGUCAACCCCACGACCCCUGCGCAGUAUUUCCAUCUCUUACGUAGACAGAUGGUUCGUAACUUCCGCAAGCCACUGGUGGUCGCCUCGCCAAAAAUUAUCCUCCGUCUACCGGCUGCAACGUCACCGCUGGACGACCUACGACCCGGAACCACAUUCCACCCUGUACUUGGUGACCCACUCUGGACUGGAGGAGACUGCAGCACGGUUUCAAAGGUGUUACUCUGCAGUGGCAAGCAUUAUUAUGCACUUGCAAAGCAAAGGGAAGCUCUGCAGAAACAGAAAGAAAUUGCAAUAGUCAGGCUGGAGGCUCUCUGUCCUUUCCCAACGAAGGAGCUUUCAGAAGAACUUGGCAAGUUUAAGGCCUGCAAGGACUGGGUUUGGUGCCAGGAGGAACAUCGGAACAUGGGUCCAUGGUUCUUUGUAAGGCCACGCCUGGAAAAUCUUGUUGGAAAACGGGUGCGGUACGCAGGACGAGGCCACUUGGGCACUCCAGCAGUAGGCAUUGGACAAGUCCAUCAGAAGGAAGUUCAGGAGAUCCUUGACAGGGCAUUCAGUUGAAGACAUGCAACAUAAGCAGUUCAAGUUAUACCUUUGUACAGCCGCGACUUUCUGAAGCUCAAAUAGAUUGAUUUUCGUGUUGUUAGUCCUGUCAGAUCUUGCGAUAAAUUUGGUAAAGCUGUCGUCGAAUUUAUGAAAAUUUGGUGUCCCAAAAUGACAGGUCCGAUAUAAUUUCAUAUGGGUCCCACACGGCUUGUUUUGGGUUUUUCUAAUAGGGACCCCACAGCAGAUUCAACAAAGCUUGCUUCCUGCAAGCCUUACUUAGUAAUGGAGCUCUAACUAGGGUUGCCACCUUUUCCGUCUGUGAAUAGGUGAUGUCGGUUUUGCGGACGGAGGGGGGGUUCAAAACCCCCAAACUGUACCUUUGGUAGUGCUUUUGGGAAAGAAAAAAUAGGGUAAAAUCCUCCUCCCCCAUGUAAGGUUCCCUUAGAACCCCUCCAGAAAUAUUUUUCUGGCUACGCUGCCUAUAGUACGGUCGUCGGGGCAAUAUCCUUUGUGGUGUUGUUCCCGGGAAGAUUUUUCGUAAAACUUUUUGGACUUGGUUGUCUUGCGAGCUUUUACAUUUCUUUUUUUUUUUAACACCGCGCUCAUUGUCCAUUGUAGGGGAUACGAGAAAGAAACAAAGGUAACGAUAACUUGUGACUCUAUGUCGCGAGACAACAAUGGUCGCGACUGGGAGGUACCCGGGUUCGAAUCCCGGUGCCGGCUAUGCUCGGGUUUUCCGGAGUUUUUCUCGGACGCAUUCAGACAUAUGUCGGCACAGUUCCCGUAGAAGUUGGCCCGAGACGCACAUUCCCCCGGGCGAUAGUCGUGAUGUUGCUCAUUUCUGUGAGGUCGGCAAUGGCAAGACCUUUCACCGCCACCAUCAAAACCACCGAGACUACAAUGAAUAUAUGCGAUGGCACAGCGGUCGACCCGUGGAUUAAUUUUGCCAAUAUGAUGUGUCUAAAAAAAAAAAAAAAGAAAAAAAUGAAGAAAAGUUCACUGCACCUACACGCAUAAGUGUCUCACGCACAUCCCUUCCACGAAGUGGUGUACUUUUUCAUAAUGUGCUUUUGUACACCAUGCAGAAUAAUAAACAUUUUCUAUAAUUUA